UUCUUUUCCCAUUGGUCCAAUUUCUACAACAAAAAGGCAACAACCUCAACUAAACUAGUUGUCUUCCCACAUUCAUUGAAGCCUUAGAAUUUCACAGAGAGAGAAAGAAAAAGCUUGUGUUUGUGUCCCUGAAAAUGAUUCCAAAGUUUAGUGAUAGAGGGGAUGAUGGUGGAACUGGGAGGGGAACUAGGCCUAUUUGAUUCUGAAUAACAUUAACACCCCACCUUUUGCAGAACCUUCUUUCAACUUGUUAUGCUCAUGUUAAUGGGUAAAGUUCCUUUCUUUUCUUCAGUCAUGGGGUUUCUUCUUCCUGGGUCUAUCACUGUUACAAACCUUCUAGAUGAUGCAAACGGUUCAAAAGAAAUGAUGUGGUAUUAAAAGCCCUUUUGGCAAUGGCAAUUGUGUUUCAAAUUGGACUUGGUUCUGUCAGACAGCUCAUCUCAUCACUGCCUUCUUCCCGUGAAUCAAGGAGCAGAAAGUAUAUGUUUGAUAGGGUGUUUCUGAUAAAAUCCUUGGUUUCAUCUCUGAAAGUUAGUGAUUCUGGAUAUUAACCAAUCUCCCUUAGUAUUAGAUAGAUCAGAUCUUGUGUUUCGCUUCAUCGUGGGGCAAAUCUCCUUUGGCAAUAUAUCUUCCGAGUUCCAAUCUUGGAAGAGGCAAAUUUGUUAACUACCUGGAAAUUAUUUAUGUUUGAUAAUUCAGCUGUAUUGGGUAAAUCUCCUUUGGCAAAAAUCACUUAAUUUUCUUUGACUGGAUUCCUGGCAGUUAAGAUAUAUCUGAAAAUAGUUUUUGUCUUCAUCUGUGAAAAUAUAAGCUAUCCGACUUGGAAUUCCGCACUUUCACUAGGGUAAAUCUCCUUUGGCAUCUUUUGAUUAUCUUAGUCAGCUUUCUCCAAUUUCUCUAGUUUUUUUUUUUCCCAGAAAACCACAAAAACCACCUCAUAGUUGUAGCUCCUUCACACUUGUUUGCAAAACUCUCUCCAUUUUCUUUCUGUGGAAGUUCCCAUCAAGUUGGGCAAAUCUCCUUUGGCAUUUCUGAGUCCUUAAUAGACUCCGGUUAUCCUAUCUGGCAAAUCUCCUUUGGCAUCAAAUUUCCAGUUUCCUGGAUCAAGGUAAUCUUUUUAAGAAACUGGCUUACUAUCUGUGACAAAUAUCAGUAUCAAUCAGACACAUUUCGUAUUGUACACAAGUAUCCUCUGAAGUCAAUAUCAUCGCACCUGUUUGGGAGCGCAACACAUACCUAUCCUGAAGUUUAAUGCUUCUAUUUGCUUGAGAAGGCAUAUAGUUGAUGGAUGCUCAUAUUACUGAUUCGGACUGGGAGACUUCCAGUGAGAGCAGCAGCAGUGAGGAUCAAGAGGAUAUUGAUUUUUUAUAUAGUGGGCAAGCUCGGAGCAUACUAUCAAGUUUAGAGGAAAGCAUUGGGAGGAUUGAUGAUUUUCUCUCAUUUGAGAGGGCAUUUUUUCAUGGGGAUGUGGUCUGCUCCUUGUCAGACCCAUCUGGACAGAUGGGGAGGGUCAUAAGUGUUGAUGUGUUAGUUGAUUUGGAAAGUAUUCAAGGACACAUACUAAAGAAUGUGAACUCCAAGAAACUUCUGAAGAUUCGCUCCAUUUCAGAAGGUGAUUAUGUAAUCAAGGGGCCAUGGCUUGGUCAGGUUCAAAAGGUGGUGGACAGAGUCUCUGUAUUGUUUGAUGAUGGAACUAAAAGUGAGAUCAUGACCUUAGAAAAAGAUAAGCUUUUACCAGCUACUCAUGAUUUUCUCGAAGAUUUACAGUAUCCAUACUAUCCUGGGCAGAGAGUAAAGGUCAAGUCUUCCACUGCUUCUAAUUCAUCUAGAUGGCUUUGUGGCACUUGGAGAGAUAGUCAUGAUGAAGGAACUGUUUGUGCUGUGGAAGCAGGUCUGGUGUAUGUUAAUUGGCUUGCCUCUGUUCUUUUGAGCUCCAAUUUGAAUGUGAGUGCUCCUCCAUCCUGGCAAGAUUCCAAAAACUUGACCUUGUUGUCAUGUUUUUCACAUGCAAAGUGGCAGCAUGGUGAUUGGUGUAUUCUCCCAGUUGCAGACCAAAAGGAACACCUGAUUCAAGAUGCAUCUACUUGUGAACUUCUUAAUGAGCAUAGCAUGGCUAGAGGAUAUAAGAGAAGAAACCUUAACUCUGAAAUGGGGGAAUUAUUUAUAAUUGGGAAGAUAAAGACCAAGGUUGACAUUGUUUGGCAGGAUGGUGAACAUGCUUUGGGGUUAGAUCCACAGAGCUUAAUCCCAGUGAAUGUCAUAAACACUCACGAAUUUUGGCCUCAGCAGUUUGUGUUGGAAAAAGGUAUUUCUGAUGAUCCUCUUAAGCCUAGCAAUCAAAGAUGGGGUGUUGUUCUAUCUGUGGAUGCAAAAGAGCAUACUGUAAAUGUACAAUGGAGAACUGUUCCCAUAUCUGGACCAGAUAAUUUGGCUGGAGAAACAGCGGUGGAAACUGUGAGUGCCUACGAACUUGUUGAGCACCCAGAUUAUUCCUGUUGUUUUGGUGAUAUUGUAUUCAAGGCGGCUCAAAAACAGCUUGGUUACCAAACUGAAGAAGACAAUGCAAAUUCAUUUACUGGCUUGAAUGUGGACGCUCCUAUGAGAAACCAGGACCAAAUCAGUUAUCAGAAUAAGCCUGAAGAUAACUGUUUUCUGUCCUGCAUUGGGAAUGUUAUUGGUUUCAAAGAUGGUGAUGUGGAGGUGAAAUGGGCUACUGGUUCAACAACGAAGGUUGCAGCUUACGAAGUUUUUCGGUUUGAUAGACAUGAAGGUUCAGCUGCAACCCCUGUUUCUUAUGAAACGAAUCUUGAGGAGUUGACUCAAGAGAUGAUUGGACAUGGAAGUCUUUCUUCUGAACAGAUGGGAAAGGACUUGUUAGAUUGUGAUGGUGGUAAAGAUAACUGUGAAAAGAAUCCAGGAGAGAGUAGUUCCUUAUCCCUUCCUCGAGCUGCCUUUGAACUUUUCUCCAGCAUUAAAGCCAGCAUAAUCCAAACACUUGGUGUAACAUCAUAUUAUGAAGCAGUUUCCCCUGUCUCUGCAUUUGAAGAGGGAAAUGGAUCUGAUUACCUGGAUAAGAAAGAUUUGGGCUCUUGUGGCCCUGACACUGAAUCACAUCCAGUUAGCAUAUUGCAGUCUACUGAAGAUACAGCUCCAAAUUUGGAGGUUGUUGGGAUUCAUGAAAAGAAUGAUUUUCCAGUGUCUUUAGACAGAAACAACUCAGAUAAGUUGAUGCAGUUUGAUGUAAUUGAUAACUGCUCAGACCACCACUUUUUUAAUGAGGGAAAAGGGUUGUCAUUAUCUCAGGUUAAAAAAGAUUGGGUGAAGAAGAUACAGCAAGAAUGGAGCAUCCUAGAGAAAAACCUUCCUGAAACGAUUUAUGUCCGUGCCUUUGAAGAAAAAAUAGAUCUUAUGCGAGCAGCCAUUGUUGGUGCAUCUGGGACACCUUAUCAUGAUGGGUUGUUUUUCUUCGAUAUAUGUUUCCCUCCAGAGUAUCCCAGGGAACCACCUAUGGUGUACUACAAUUCUGGUGGGCUGCGAUUAAAUCCUAAUUUGUAUGAGUCAGGGAAAGUCUGUUUGAGUCUCCUAAAUACUUGGACAGGUACAGCCACUGAAGUGUGGAACCCUGGAGCUUCCACAAUUCUUCAAGUCCUUCUCUCUCUGCAGGCCCUUGUCCUUAAUGAGAAGCCUUAUUUCAAUGAGGCAGGGUAUGAUCAACAAAUUGGCAGAGUUGAAGGAGAGAAAAACUCAAUGAGUUACAAUGAGAAUGCUUUCCUUGUCUCCUGCAAAUCCAUGUUAUAUCUAUUAAGGAGGCCGCCCAUGCAUUUUGAGGCGUUGGUGGAAGAGCAUUUUAGACAGCGCUCCAAACAGAUACUUCUUGCUUGUGAGGCAUAUCUUGAAGGAGCUCCUAUUGGAUAUGCUUUUGAUGAUGAUGGAAAAACUGAGCAUGGAAACCUGAAGGGAGCUUCCACAGGGUUUAAAAUUAUGCUUGCUAAGCUCCUCCCCAAGCUGGUAGAGGCAUUUUCUGAUAAGGGAAUUGAUUGCCACCAGUUUGCUGAGAUGCAAAAGUAACAGCAUACCUGGCGAGGAUAUCCCGACCUAUGUGUGAUAUUUCUUUGUUUUCCAGCAUCUGUAUAAUAUGCAUGUUUAAUUAAACCCCAUUGUGACCCCUCCACCCCUUCCCAGAAUAAAAAAAAUGUCAGAAGAUGUACUGAUAAAUAUAGACCUUAUGGUAUGUGUAUGUAUCAUCACAGAAAAUGGUUUGUGCAGGUGUGAGAUCAUGUAAUAAGAAACAAAAUUAUUGGAGUGAUUUGCUUUA